GCCGCCACGUGACCGCGCCCGUGGGCUUAGCCGGAAGAGGGGGCGGUGGGGCAAGAUGGCGGCGCACCUGUCCUACGGACGAGUGAACCUGAACGUGCUGCGCGAGGCGGUGCGUCGCGAGCUGCGCGAGUUCCUGGAUAAGUGCGCGGGAAGCAAGGCAAUAGUUUGGGACGAGUACCUCACAGGACCAUUUGGCCUGAUUGCACAAUAUUCAUUACUGAAGGAACAUGAAGUGGAAAAAAUGUUCACACUUAAAGGAAGUCGUUUGCCCGCAGCUGAUGUCAAAAAUAUUAUCUUCUUUGUCAGACCCAGGCUAGAACUGAUGGAUAUAAUUGCCGAAAAUGUGCUCAGUGAAGACAGACGUGGUCCAGCAAGAGAUUUCCACAUUUUGUUUGUGCCGCGACGUAGUUUACUGUGCGAACAGCGGUUGAAGGAUCUGGGUGUUCUGGGAUCCUUUAUUCAUAGGGAGGAGUACAGCCUCGACCUCAUUCCAUUUGAUGGGGAUCUCUUAUCCAUGGAAUCGGAGGGUGCAUUCAAAGAGUGCUACCUGGAGAGUGACCAGACGAGCCUCUACCACGCAGCCAAGGGGCUCAUGACCCUGCAGGCUCUGUAUGGGACAAUCCCCCAGAUCUAUGGGAAAGGAGAGUGUGCCAGGCAAGUGGCCAAUAUGAUGAUCAGGAUGAAGAGAGAGUUUACAGGAAGCCAAAAUUCGAUAUUUCCUGUUUUUGAUAAUCUCUUGUUGCUCGAUCGAAACGUGGACUUAUUAACGCCUCUCGCCACUCAGCUUACAUAUGAAGGACUCAUUGAUGAAAUUUAUGGCAUUCAGAACAGUUAUGUGAAAUUACCUCCGGAGAAAUUUGCACCGAAGAAGCAGGGCGAUGCUGGGAAGGAUCUCCCCACGGAAGCAAAGAAGCUGCAGCUGAAUUCUGCAGAGGAGCUCUAUGCUGAGAUCCGAGACAAAAACUUCAACGCGGUGGGCUCCGUGCUUAGCAAGAAAGCAAAGGUCAUCUCCGCAGCGUUUGAGGAAAGGCACAAUGCUAAGACGGUUGGGGAGAUCAAGCAGUUUGUUUCCCAGCUGCCCCACAUGCAGGCAGCAAGAGGCUCACUUGCAAACCACACCUCGAUUGCUGAGUUAAUCAAAGAUGUUACCACUUCUGAAGACUUCUUUGAUAAACUAACAGUGGAGCAGGAGUUUAUGUCUGGAAUAGACACUGAUAAGAUCAAUAGUUACAUUGAAGACUGUAUUGCCCAAAAGCACCCGCUGAUCAAGGUGUUAAGGUUGGUUUGCCUCCAGUCCGUGUGCAAUAGUGGACUCAAACAAAAAGUGCUGGAUUAUUACAAAAGAGAAAUUCUCCAGACAUACGGCUAUGAGCACAUAUUGACCUUGUACAACCUAGAGAAGGCUGGCCUGCUGAAACCACAGAUGGGGGGCAGAAACAAUUACCCAACAAUCCGGAAAACGCUACGCCUCUGGAUGGAUGAUGUGAACGAACAGACUUUCAUAGGAACUUUAUCAGGCUGCCUCCUGCAACAAAAGCUAAUAAUUAAAGUCUCCUCCACCAGUGGCAAAAUCGGAUUAUCUCCCCCCCAGGGGUGGAAUAUAGAAACUCUUAAUUUCUAUGUUGUACAGGAAUCCCACGGACAUAUCGUAUGUGUACAGUGGUUAUGCCCCUCUCAGCGUGCGGCUGGCACAGCUGCUCUCGCGGCCUGGCUGGCGCAGUAUCGAGGAGGUUCUCCGCAUACUCCCAGGGCCCCACUUUGAAGAACGGCAGCCGUUGCCCACGGGACUGCAAAAGAAACGUCAACCAGGAGAAAACCGAGUCACUCUGAUAUUUUUCCUUGGGGGCGUAACCUUUGCUGAAAUCGCGGCCUUGCGAUUUCUCUCCCAGCUGGAAGAUGGAGGUACAGAAUAUGUCAUUGCCACCACUAAGCUAAUGAAUGGGGCCAGCUGGAUAGAGUCUCUAAUGGAAAAACCUUUCUAGGCUGAUCAAAGUCGACUUGAAAGAACUGCAAAAUAAACUGCUCCUUUGGAGAAGCUGCCAAAAGGAAGUGAAACCCCACUGAAGAGUAACAGAAGAAUACAGAAUUUACUUCGGGGGUCAGCCUCUUCAAUUACACUGUUUUCUCCUUUCUGCUUCUCUUUUGUGUUUCUAAUUUCUUGAAGAAAAAGAAUAGAAGAGAAUCCACCUGGCUAACAGAAACACCAGUUGUUCAUGUUCUAAGCUCAGGGUCUUCCUUAGAGACCUCUGGCAACGUAUUAAGGAUGGUGGGGAUGGAUAAUCUUAUACAGCUGCACAAAUGAGGUCAGUUCUUAAAAUAGGAAGGCAGAGACUGAUGGGUAAAAAUGAAAAAUGGGAAGUCUAAUCCCUAAUAAAUAGUGCUUUCUUGAAGGCACAUCAUGCCUGGGGCAGUGGCUGGGUGUUGGGGCAAGAGCUGGUCCUGUCACUGAGUUGAGAUUUCUUUUUCCUGCAGAGUAUGGCACAUUAUAUUUGGUGUCCUCAGCCUCUGUCUUAGGUGAUCACUAAGGCAAGUGUUGAUUCCUUCUGCUUUCAAUUCCUCUGCUUCUAUAAAGCAAGAGGGGUGGAGGGACUUCUUUCUCCAAAUCAAAGUUCAUCUGACCAGCUAAAUUUCCAUGGGUCUCAUACUUAUCAAGGGCUUUUUACAUUGAGGAACGUGAGGAUUGGGGAGCAGCUUCCUGAGAAUUUUCUUAAACACUAUUCAAAGACACUUUCUGAGCACACGUGCUGUUCACUCCACGACGUUUCCAUGGCAGAUGCCUCCACUGAGGCGUCGGUUUUCUUCCCCACCCAUCAUGGGCCCCAGCACCAGCUGGUCCCACCGUGAACAGCAAUGACUCUUGCUUCUUCAGCAUUUGGCGACACCACCUCCACAGUAACUGUCGCAUGUACUUCUCCACACUCAGCCUCUUGCAUUUGUUUUGCUUGGAAACAUACCGCUCCAUUGCAGUCCCUGGUCUGGUGACCUCAGCCUUCUCUGGGACAGCUCAUCGAUGGUCUUGGAGUCCAGCAGUGCAGCUGCUCCUGCAGGAGACGGUUAGCCUGUGGGGCAGAGGAGCAGGGUAUUGGUCGAGAGUCUGGAAACCUGCGUGUGUUCCUUACCUCCCUCCUGCUCCAUCCUAAUAUCUGGAAGUUAAAUCCAAGAAGGGGACCAAAUGGAUGGCUUUGUAGCCCUUGCCCAAGUCUCCCCUUUGUUGGGGGAUCAAGGUCAGCAUCCCUCCUCAGGGGAGGUGUGGCCUCUGUUGUUUAUCAGUAACCACAUGUUUUAUUCUCAUUUUGUUUCGUGAGUGAAUUUCUGGUAGCACAUUGCAUGCUAUGAGUGAAAGAGAAAUUCUAUAAUCAAAAAAAGCUUUCUUUAAGAGUGAGGAGUAGAAGAGGUCAUAUUUAAGAGAUCUGCUUCUCAUGCAUUCAAUUUGGCCUUGACAUUCAGUAUUUGGAAAACGGUCUUUAAAAAAACUAUGCCUAUUUUAGAAAAUCCUUUUUUAAAUACUUGUUAUUCCAGGGAGAUUAGUUUAUACCUUCCAGCCCCAGCUGUUGUCAGCCUCAGCCGCCUAGAGAAUGAAAUCCACCCUGUCCCUCAAAUGUUUUUGGCUCAUGGGAUUCAAUUCAAGUCUGGUCAGGUCUCCUUGGCUGGGGUUUUUGUCCUAUGAACAGAUACUCAGUUGUGUCUCACGUGUCUACAUUCACUUGGGAAUUUAUACUUGCUUGCUCAGAGCAUAGUUAGGUCAGCUCCUAAAAUGCAUUUAGCAGAAGACUUAAAAACAUCAAUUGCUUCAUUUGUAUGCAAAUAGAAAGUGGUGGAUAAUUAUAUAUUAUACGCCUUUGUGUAAGUUCACUUAAUACUUGAAGUGGCCUUUGUCUCGAAGGAGUAUGCCCUUACUGAGAAAGGGUAUGUGAAUGGUACAUUUAUUCCUAGAGAGGGCGGAUUGUUUACAUCAUGUCUGGACUUUUGUCUAGUUAGGUAGACAGUCCUGCCACACCGGCAACUCCAUAAAAAAGAAGUCUAUGUAGAUAAAGAAGUCUACAUAGGCACUGUUCUGUGUCUUACUAUACACUUUUGAAUUUAGCCAACAGAGAAGUAUUUGAAUUGUAGUUUAACUGUAGAGCAAGAGAAUACAGGCAUACAGAGAGAUAUUGUGGCUUUGGUUCCAGACCACCCCGAUAAAGUGAAUGUUGCAAUAAAGCGAGUCAAAUGCAUGUUUUGGUUUCCCAGUGCAUAUAAAAAUUAUGUUUACACUAUCUUGUAGUCUCCUAAGUGUGCAAUAGCAUUGUGUCUAAAAAAAUGUAUAUUCCUUAAUUAAAGAAUAUGGUUAAAAAAUGCUAACCAUCA